AUGGCGACUAGAGGAGAUCAGUAUGGAGCUCCUCGUGGAGGAGGACCAUCUAGAGGAGGUGGUCCAUCUUCCCGCGGAAACUCUCGCAGUGGAGGAUCAAAUCGGGGUGGCGGAAAUCAAGGUGGCCCUUACCCUCCUGGACCUGGAAAUUUCGGGCCAGGUUACGGAGCAGGAACUGCAUAUGAGGCUUAUGGUAAUUAUGGUUACGGAGCUGGAUAUGGUCAAGGUCCUGAAGCUUUCGGAGAAGCAGCUCCACCAGGGUAUGGUUUUCCUGGUUAUACAGGAUUUCCACCUCUGCCAAUACAAGGCGGACCUCCACCUUCCCCACUCGACGAAGAGAUACAGAUUGUGAUAGGUGAAAUCCAAAAUGAAAUUGCAUCGUUUGAACAAGCUGGUGAAUGGGGGGAACAAUUUAAAAAUGCUCGUAGAUUAUUGAUAUCAGAAUCUGAAAAGUUGGAGAAUAGUAUUGACCCCGAGUGGUUAGAAGUUGAUAUUCAAAAACCAAUUAAAGUUAUUAAGAAAGUUUUAGUGCCUGUUUAUCGCUAUCCUAAGUUUAACUUCGUUGGUAAAAUUCUCGGACCUAAAGGUGCUACUUUACAAACCCUUUCGAAAACGCAUAAGUGCCAUAUAUACGUGUUAGGGAGAGGAUCCACUAAGGAUCAAAGAAAAGAAAAUGAGCUUUUAAUGACCGGUGAUCCUCAGUAUGCUCAUUACGGAGGUCCUUUGCAUGUUAAGAUUGAAACUAUAGCACCAGCUCAUAUUGCUUACCAAAGAGUGACAUCAGUUUUGGAAGAACUCAGUAAAAUAUUACAGCCGAUCCGUGAAGACACAACGCCAGCUCAUCUGAAGACAGAUGGUUCCGGUUCCGGAGAAGGAAACAAUGACGAUUCUAAUAAUCAAAUGCCUGACAUGUCCAUGAAAGACAAUAUGAAUAAUGGAAUGAACAUGGGAGGAAAUGUAGUAGGAGGAGGAGGCCCUAUGCGAUCGAAUCGCGGAAUGUCUCGAGGACGUGUAGCCCGGGGUAGAGGAGGGCGUGGCAUUCCAUAUUAG